AUGCCCUUCAUGGCGGGCUUCGAGGUCGUACUUCUGGUCUUGCUGAGCACAAGAGCCUUGGCUUCACCUCAGUGGUACUACUGGGGCAGCCCCACUAACUACAACAACUCAUGUAGGGCGGCAGCUCCAUACAUAUCAGCAUUACGGACCUACGACGCAGCAAGCUCGCUGUGCUCAUCAGUUCUGGGCCUGACCGCGCAGACUGUCACAGAAACAUCUACGGAGCUCACCUAUAUCACUGCGAAUCAGACUGGUAUUGCAGUAACGGCGACAUAUACAGCAAGUGCCUCCACCAUCAGAGCGCCCGUCGUCACCAUCACUGGAAAUAGCUCGACUACAACUGUCUUUUCGAAUACCACACAUACCAUAACCCGCCCGGGGCCGCUGGCCACGGCCCCAACAAGUACUUCAUACACCACCCUCACGUCCACUUCAACAAUAUGUGGGAACUCUAGCGAAGCGUCAAAUGUGGCUGCACCCGUGAAACGACAGUUCUGGGGCUGGGGAGGCAAGCCACAUUGGCACCAUGACGGCCCAGGUCAUGGUUGGAGACAGCCACAAGACCUCCCUCCUUCUUUGGAAGAUGCCGCUGAAUCAGCGAUUUCGUCCGCUUGUAGCUGUAUGAGCCUGCCCGUCCAGAGAACGACUGUCACUGCACGAACCGCGAGUACGACCAGUGUACUUGGCAAUGGCCUUCCUACCGCGUCAGCCACGUACCAGCCAAUCGUGACGUGGGCAGAUACAACUACUAUACGCCCUGUUGUCACGAGAACAGCAACGUCGACACGCACCAUCCGAUCAUCGGCCACCCUUACGCCUGUUAUUACAUCAACCAUCGUCGAAACCACUACGGUCCUGAUUGGACAGCAGUUCGGCACACCCACUGUAGUCCUCGCAAGCCCUACACCAAUCACCGGUGUUGACGGGGACGGACUGGCGACCCAAGACUUUGACGACGAGCGAUAUCCCAUCGAACUACCAUUUCCCAUUGAAUUAUACGGCACGCGGACACGCAGUGUUGUGGUCGCAGUCAAUGGCUGGAUUUCACUCGGCAACGACAGCGGCACAGUGGACCACUACUCAUUCGACAAUGCUCAAUUGCCAAGGAUGAAUUCUGAUGACGAUUGGGGUUUGCCUGAUACAGUCUUCUUGCCGUACUGGAACGAUCUUUUCAUUGCGCAAGGUACAGCGCAAGGACUUUAUUACGAGAUAGCUGGAACAUCUCCGAACAGAAAUGUCUCAUUUGAAUGGUACACCAGUCUUUAUCAGCAGCCAACAGGGUACUACCACUUCAUAGCCACGUUUCAGGAGUCUACACCAGGGGCGGCAGUCUUCACCUACUACCAGGCCAAUGGUGAAGCACCAUUGAACACCGGUAAAUAUGGCACAAUCGGCGUGCAGAGCUUCCUGGACGAUCGCUCGAGACAAUACUCUUACGACAGACUGGUAGCGCCUGGGCUCGAGAUUACCUACGAGCCUGCCAAAGAUGUCUUCUUGCGCACUAAUUCAGUAAAUUGCGUGUUGUCGAGUUGA